AAAUACCAUAUAUUAAGUUGUCUAUAGAAAAUGUUUUAAUACCAGCGCACUCUCUAUAUAUACUGGCCAUCACCUACAGGAGCUGCAGGCACUGGUUUCCAACACUUGCCCAUCUCUUUUUAUAGCGGUGGCGGCGGCGCCAAAUGGCCAUGGGCAUGAUGGAGAAUCUGGGAUCGGUGUCGACGUUGUGGUCGGCGUUGGUGAGCGUCCUCCUCUUCUGGCCCGUCGUCAACAACCACGUCCCCGCGGGGCUCCGGCAGUGGCUGAGCACCAUGGUGGACAAGCUCACCUCCUACCUCAGCCCCUACCUCCACGUCACCAUCUCCGAGUACGGCCACCAGCGCUUCCGCCGCAGCGACUUCUUCCUCGCCGUGGAGGCUUACCUGAGCCACGCCUGCGCCCGGCGAGCGCGCAAGCUGAGGGCGGACCUGGGCAAGGACGCCAGGACGGUGCAGAUCACGGUGGACGACCACCAGGAGGUGACCGACUCCUUCCGCGGCGCCACCAUCUGGUGGUACCCCUCCAAGAAGCCUCCCCGGACCAACGUCAUCAGCUUCUACCCCCGCGACGACGACGCCCGCUUCUACCGCCUCGUCUUCCACCGCCGCCACCGCGACCUCGUCCUCGACGCCUACCUCCCCCACGUCCUCGCCGAGGGCCGCGCCGUCACCAUCCGCAACCGCCAGCGCCGCCUCUUCACCAACAACGCCCCCGGAGCCUCCACCUCCUACUACAGCCGCAAGAGCGUCUGGAGCCACGUCCCCUUCGAGCACCCGGCCACCUUUGACACCCUCGCCAUGGAGCCCGCCGACAAGGACGCCAUCCUCGACGACCUCACCGCCUUCCGCGACAGCAAGGACUACUACGCCAAAGUCGGCAAGGCCUGGAAGCGCGGCUACCUCCUGCACGGCCCCCCCGGCACCGGCAAGUCCACCAUGAUCGCCGCCAUGGCCAACUUCCUCGACUACGACGUCUACGACCUCGAGCUCACGGCCGUCAAGACCAACACCGACCUCCGCAAGCUCUACAUCGAGACCACCGGCAAGUCCAUCAUCGUCAUCGAGGACAUCGACUGCUCCGUCGACCUCACCGCCAAGCGCAGCAACGACAAGAAGAAGAAGAAAUCCUCUGACGAAGACGACGACGACAAGCCCAAGCUCCCCACCGAGCAGGAAAAGGAUGAAGCAUCCAAGGUCACGCUCUCCGGCCUGCUCAACUUCAUCGACGGGCUGUGGUCGGCGUGCGGCGGCGAGAGGAUCAUCAUCUUCACGACCAACCACAAGGAGAAGCUGGACCCGGCGCUGAUCCGGCGAGGCAGGAUGGACGUGCACAUCGAGAUGUCCUACUGCCGGUUCGAGGCGUUCAAGGUGCUGGCCAAGAACUACCUGGGCGUGGAGCAGCACGAGAUGUUCGUCGAGAUACGGCGGCUGCUGGAGGAGAUCGACAUGUCGCCGGCGGACGUGGCGGAGAACCUGAUGCCCAAGGCGUCCAAGGGGAAGAAGAGGGACCCCGACGCGUGCCUGGCAGGUCUGAUCGAGGCGUUGAACAAGGCCAAGGUGGAGGCGGCGGAGGCGGCCAAGGCGAAAGAGGAAGAAGAGGCGGCGGCGGCCAAGGCGAAGGAGGAAGAAGAGGCGGCGAAGGCCAAAGCGGCGAAAGAGAAAGAGAAGGAUGACGAAGCUGCAGGGACGAAGGUGGAUGAAACAGUCAACAACAAGUCGAAUGGCACCAUAUAAUUUAUUAACAAGCUAGCUAGUAAUUAAUUAAGCACGAGGAGUUGUUCGUCCUGGACGAUCGACGGGACCAUAUAUGUCAGGACAGAGCGAGGAGUGGUUUUCAGUCUUCUUCAUGCAUAUGACAUGGCACUUCACUAAUAUAUAGUCUUCUCCUAUGUCUUAAUUGUUUGAGUCCUUAUAUAUUUUUGUCAUAGUUUCUUUCUAUUAAUAAGGUUCCCCAUCUUUGUAAUAAUAAGGGCAUAAGGCAUAUACACCUUCAAGUGUAAAUGCCGCCGCUCUGAUCAUUGUUUCUAAAUCAACCACACAAUUAAGUUAGUACUUUUUUUUUGUUAAA